CUAGCGGGAACUCGGUCGCAGAAAUCGGAUGGUGCCAACACUGGGCUCACUGCGUCGCCGAUCGAUCUGUGGCACAGUCCGCAGACGUCGCGUACAUGUUGACGAUGCUGUUAGAUGACAUUUCGUUGUACCGCAACCCUGUCAAGUGUAGGAUAUAAGUCCACGCAGGCUGCGCAAGGACUCUGUACCCUCCGGGAUGCAUUCAGCUACAACAUAAGACGGACUGUCAGCCAUGGUACACGACACUGAAGAGACUGGUACCUGGCUUGGACGGGAUUGCCAUCCAUCGAGCAAACGAUCUCCGGCUACCGGCAUUAGCCUCCAACCUCGCCACGCGCCACCAACCUCAGGCAACGCCAGCUCCCAGCCCACGAGCGACUUCAGCCUCGAGACACAACAUUUCCCUGACGCGCAAUUCCUUGCCAAUGUGCAAUACGAGCUUGAUCUAGAAAUACAACAGAUGAUCGACGCGCAUACUCCCCCUGACUGGCUGCAUGGAUUUGAUCUAAACUCACUUUCCAACCAAUUUGACACAACAACAGCGACGGAGACCAACCCUAAACAAGCGUCACCACAAUCCAGCAGCUCGUCGAUCAUCUACUGCUGGGACCAUGGCUGUAAAGGGCGUGAAUUCUCUUGCUCAAGCAAUUAUCUUCGCCACUGCAGAGAGAAGAGCGGCUUUUGUGAAAAAGUGGCCUGUCCAUUUUGCGGUUACCGGUUCUCUCGAGCAACUGCUCGAGACGUCCAUCUCCGAAAGGGCCGAUGCAAAAUGGCUCCGGUAAGCGCACGCGCCCGAAGUGAUGUCGAACCCUCGAUCGACACAAGUCCAUCAAGCGCAUACGCUCGAAAUCACCCCAGAUUCUCCUUCGACACAAGUACGGCAAGCUUUCUCGAGCGCCUCGGCACACUUAGAGGAAGCUUAGAGUAUGACCGUCACUGUCACUCCGCCCCCGGUUGAUUAGGGGGCUGGACAGGCUUCGAACAGGGUUUGUGUCUGCACUUCAAUAUGGAUGACAUUCAGGACCCACCGGUCCACAGGCCAACCCCUCCAAUUCGCACAGAAUUUACUAAGUAAAGUAUCGUUAGAAUCUUAAGCGCUUUACAUCCUGACAGUAUGAAACUAC